UUUAUAUCCUUUUACCAUUAAUUAAAAUUAAUGAGCAACUCAUAAAUCCAAUCAGAUUCCGAAGAAUUCAUUGAACAAUAAGAAAAGGGAGAUGUCAAUUUUUAUUCUGGAUUGUUUGAUCCAUGUGAAGUAGUUCACCAGAAACCCCAAGAAACCUAAACCAUUAAGGACAAGGUAAUACAACAAACUAAACAAACCUUUAGUAAGCAAUCAACCUUAAAUUAAAAAAUUAAAUCAAAAUUAAAUAAAGUUGCCUUAAAAAUCAGAAAGCAAAACGAGCAAUUUAAUGAAGAGCCAGAACAAGUAGAAGAGGAUGAUCCAUAGGAUCUCUAAUAGGAAUAAUAAUUGGACUCAAAAAUAUUUGCAAUUGACACAGAGUUCCAUCAACUAAAAUUAAAUAAGGCAUUAGUCAAAGCUUGUCAUGAUUAAGGUUAUACUCAUCCCACCAAUGUUUAAGCUAAAAUAAUCCCAAUAAUUAUGAACGGUAAAGAUGUCUUGGCUAGUUCAUGCACUGGAUCUGGCAAAACAGCAGCAUUCCUAUUACCUAUCAUGCAGCGUUUUGGCAAUUUGAAAAAUUUACAAUACUCCAAAGCCUUGAUAAUAUUGCCUACUAGGGAACUUGCACUUUAAUGCUUUGAGAUGUUUGAAAAAUUAAAUAAGUAUGCUAAUUGCACAGCAGCUCUUGUCAUUGGGGCCGUUCCAAUCUAAUAAUAGGAGGCUGAGUUGAGGAAAUAUCCUGACAUCAUAAUUGCAACUCCAGGUAGAACUGUUGAUUUAUUAACAAAUUCAUCAAGUCUUGAAAUUCAGAAGUAUUAUAUCUGUUCAUAUAUUGAUAGUAUUGAAAUCUUAGUAUUCGAUGAAGCAGAUAGAUUAAUGGAAAUGGGAUUCGAAAAGGAAAUCAGGUAAAUACUUUAAGCCACAUCCAAAGAUAGACAGACUGUUUUGAUCAGCGCUACUCUCAAUGCUACUGUUAAAUAACUAUCUUUGUUGGCUUUAAACAAUCCAAUAAAAGUUAAUGUUGACUUUGUGGGUGGCUUAGCCUAUGGAUUAAAGUAGUAUUUGUUGAGAAUAAGGUCCAAUUAAGACAGCGACAGAGAAGCGACGUAUCUAAUUUAAUAUUAGAGUAUAGACUCAUUACUUUAUUGAAAACCAAGUUCAAAGAAAAAACCAUCAUCUUUGUUAAAACCAAACAUGACUGUCAUAGGCUAGCAAUAGUCCUAGGAUUCUUAGAUAUGAGCAGUUGUGAAUUACAUGGGAAUCUAUCUUAACAACAAAGAAUCUAAGCCUACGAAGAUUUUAAAGUAUGAUUUGUAUUGAUUUUAGGAAGGAAAAUUUUAAUUUUUAUUAGCAACAGACUUAGCUGCAAGAGGAUUGGAUCUGACAGAUGUCAAAGCUGUGAUUAAUUAUGAGAUUCCAUAUGAAGUUACCAGGUACAUUCACAGAGUCGGUAGAACAGCUAGGAUAGGUGCAUAAGGUAUAUCAGUAACUAUUUGCUUGGAGAAUGAAGUUGUUAAAUUUAAAAAAAUGAUACGAUAAUCUAAAUAAUAGUUAUUCAAAAUGAUUGCAGAUACCAAUAAGGUUAAAUAAAUACGCCGUCAGAUAUAGCAGUUGGAACCUUAAAUCAGAAAGGUAAUUAAAGAGGAGGUUGCUGAAAUGGAAGUCCGAAAAACUGAGAUGAUGACUCAGAAAGGUGAAAUUCAAGUGGAAGAAUCUGAAGAUGCUGAUAAUAUUUAAGAACCAAAAAAAGGAAAACUGCAAAUGAAGAAUAAGAAAAGAGCUAAGAAAUCCAAUAAUUGA